AUGGCAUCCGAAUCUACGCUUUUGGACCCCUCCAUCUUUGAUUAUCUCAAAGACAAGCUGGAGGAGGAAUCGCAGAUCCGCGAGACGCUGACCCAGAUCAUCCAGCGCCUUGAGCGUUCCGUCGCCUCUGCCCAGGCCUUUCUCUCCCGCGUUCACUCAACACCCCGCAGUCGUUAUCCUACGUUGGUAGCACAGGUCGAGACAGCCAUUCAAGAGCAAGUCUCCGUCAUCGGCGAGCUGAACGAGCUCGCCUCCAAGCACCCGUACUACAAAUACAACUCCAAGUGGUCCCGCGCCGUCCAAAACGCCAUCUCCUCAGCCGUCCUGACCGCCUGGCUCGGCGGCCUCGCCUCCGUGGGCACCCCCUCCCUCGGGCGCCUCCUCACCCUCGAGGAGAUCGGCACCCUCUUCAAGGUGCCCACCCACCUCAAGGAUCGCGACGCCUUCCACAUCACCCUCGAGGAGUACCUCCUCUCCCUCACCGAUGUCACUCAUGAGCUGUCCCGCCUCGCCACCAACGCCGUGACCAUGGGCGACUUCGACCUGCCCCUCACCAUCAGCGCCUUCAUCAAGGACCUCUUCGCCGGGUUCCAGCUCCUCAACCUCAAGAACGACAUCCUCCGCAAGAGGGCCGACGCCGUCAAGUACGACGUCAAGAGGGUCGAGGACGUCGUCUACGACUUGAGCCUGCGCGGCCUGAUCAAGAGACCUGGCGAGGGGGACACUGAGAUGAAGUCGGAGUAG